CAAUAGUCCAGAUUUCUGCAGGUUUUAAGCAGGUUAAGAUUGGGGAGAGAGGUGGACGCUGGUGGGAUUUUCAUGAUUUAGGCGUCCACACUCGCCAGCUCAUGGAACAUGUCAAAGAGUCUAAAACAGGAUUGAGUAUGAGUAUCGUCAGGAUCCUCAGUCUACUGAGAGCCCUACAACAGAAUGUAUCACCUGAAACUCAGAUGGUGGUGGUGAUCCUUACAAGCAAUCGAAAGGAUAAGUAUGAUUGUGUGAAGAAGUACCUGUGUGUGUAUCAUUUAUCAGUUAAAUCUUUAUCUUUAAAAGUGAUAUGAUAGGUGUGGGUGAGAAACAGAUAAAUAUUUAUGUCAUCUUUUUUUUACCGUAGAUCUCCAAUUUUACAUUUAAAAGUCAUGUGUGGCACCUGUUCAGUUUCAGUUUUAUAUCUGAAAGUCAAAGUGGACAAUUUAUAGUAAAAACAGAAAGGACUUAAAUAUUGAUCUGUUUCUCACAGCUGCAUCUGUUUCAUUCUUUCCAAGAUUUAACAACUGGAUAACUUUUAUGUUGCUUUUAUAUGCUUUUUGGGACUUCUGAAGACAUGGAUUAAACCACUGGAGUCGUAUGGCCACCAUUCACUUGCAUUAAAAGGAGCAACAGAGCUGAGACUUUUUUUUUCUUUCUUUGUUCUGCAGAAGAAAUUAAGUCAUACACAUCUGGGACGGUAUGAGGGUCUGCUGAUCACAACUUUGUGCACUGUUUGCGUUGCCACAAGCCACAGGACAACAUCUCUGUACACCUGACUAGGGUGUGCAUGAAAAACAGCAUGCCAGAGGAAAGAGCAGCUGAGGUUCAGAAAGCCAAGGAAUCUUCGAGGGAGUGGGUCCGGGCCAACAGGACCUGGGAUUACACCGAUCUAUGCAAGAUCGUGUCCGACAGGCGCUCUCGUUUGGCGAUGGUGAAGGAGCUGCCUAAGCGUGGUUUCUUCAUCACCAACAAGCCCCAUGAUUCCGACAUGGUCUUUGAUUCGGAUGGUGAUUCCAUCACCGCCACCAUUGCCGCGACCACCUCUGCUUCCACCUCAGCAACCGCCACUGCCACCUCUGCCCCCUCUUCACCAAAGGGGACUGAUCCCAGAAACGCGUCCUCUUCAUCCUCUUCUGAUCAAGAGACAGCAGACCCUUCCUGGCAAAGAGAUCUUCCAGCCUCGACCUCCUCUGUGUGGAUCAAGAUGAAAGAAGGGGGUCUGUAUCAGAAGUUUUCUGGGAGUGUCAAGCUCCUUGUAGACUUCAAAAAGUCUACAAGGAGACUUCAACAGGAGGUUGACAAUGUUUCACGCUUCCUGCGCUAUUUGCAGCCGGUUGGGGAUGAGCCAGCUCUGGAGUUUCUCACCAAGAGCACAGAGACCCAUGAUUUCCUGAUGGCCCUAAAGAGUAAGGAUAUGAGUGUAGCCACCGUGCUGAACUACAUCAAGAACAUGAUCAGGUUCUUGGAUUAUUUGAAGACGAGGCUGGAUCUGGACCAGAAAGACCUACAGCUCCGUAAAAAGUGCCAGAUUUACAAGGAGAUGCUGGUUUCAAAGUCCAAUUCACAGGUGGUGUGCAAAAGAAAGUACGAUCGAUUUGUUGAGGGCUCACACAGCAUCAAAGAUUGCCAGGAGGUUUUGAGGGUUUCGAAGGCAGACUUCCUGAACAUCUUCGGGCAGUUCAUCUCAGGCGCCGAGUUGGACAAUAGGGACAAGACGAUGUACCGCUGCUACUGCGAAGCGAUCGUGGUCUUCUGUCACUUUCAGCACCAAGGAGCUGUGGAAGGCUUGACUGUGUCAGAGUGAGUGAACAGGAAGGCAGCUGAUGGCAGGCUUGUGGCUGGCAUCAGUAAACACAAAACAAUGACCAUGCAUGUCGCUGCAUUUGCCUUGACCCAGGAGGAGGAAGCUUGGUUUCAGGUGUACUAUGAGAGCAUUCGGCCUGGAUACAACAAUGGUACAUCUGACUUAUAACAAGUUUUUUAUUUCAUCCACUGGCGAACCUGUUCACAGUGUCUCACAAGACACGCAUCGCCUCCAUGAAAUCUACAAAAUUCAACCUGCCACCAGCCAGGAGGUGCGGAUAGCUGUGGAGACGAAGGUAGCAGAACUAUUAACUGUGAACCAACAGGAGGAUGUGCACCAUUAUCUGGCACAUAGCAAAGCCGUGGCUGACCAACAUUACAGAAUCCGAGUGCUGCAAUCUAUAGCAGCCACAGCUACACUGAUGGAAUCUGUGUUUUCAGACUCUUCUCCAGAUCACAUCCCCGAUGCCAUCCUGGCUUGCCCUUCACCAAGCAUGGCACACAGUCAGCCCAGGAAAGACUUUUCCACAUUUUUCGCCAGAUUCCCAGUUUCGCUAGAUGGCCAGCCAGAGGGUCGAUGCAGGGUUUCCUGAGGACCGUGGUUUUUAUGAUAAGUGGCAAGGAUCCCAGUAUGCCCAAAGAGAGAAAUAUCUGCUGUCACACUUCACACACCGCAAACCAUCAGCUGGGAAGGUGGGAAGGUGGCAAGGCUAAUUGAGAAGGAGGGGUGGAAGGCCAACCAUCCAAAGCCGGAAGAGAUUGUACAGUUGUGGAAACCAGCUCCAAAACUCACCAUUGAGACUGAUGAAGCCAUCCUCAAUAGCGUGUCUUGGCAGACCUGGAAAGGGGUGGCCAUCAAAGAUUUUGGUGAACCGAAAGGGCUAGGAAUGGUUGCAACAUGUCGAUUUUCUAAAGGCGACACUGUGUGUGAUUACCAUGGAAAAGUAAUCACAGCUGCCGAGGGGAGCAGAACUGAAGUUAGGGUUAUUAUAUCAUUAUAUCCACCCUCAUUUGCAUAUCGAAUCUGAUUGGCUGUAAUCUUUCACAGAUAAAUCUUAAGAACAAUUGGACCAAUUUUGCCAAGCUUGGUGUCAUUGAAUUCAAAAUUCCGUCUGCUUUCAUGUGAUGAGGAAGAUGAACAGAAAAAGAGAGGAAUACAAAUGCAGCACUUAAAAAGAAAAACAGUCAUUUGCAUGUUGCAAGUGGUGGAAAAAUCACCUGCACGCCUUUAUGGUUUGCAUGAAGACGACUGUAAGGACAUGUGUUAAAGAAUGCAUUUCACUAGAAUUAAUUUAUUUUUCCUGCGCAUACAAGCAACACAUAGGCUAGCAGAAUAUUAGCUUUGGGCAACAAUAAUAACAUUUAAUUUGAUUUGUAAACAACCCUUUGCGAUUUAAAUACUGUUUAGAUAGCGUGAUUUCAGUUUUGUAUCAAUAUCACUCCUAAAUGUUUGUAGGAAUUGUUUGAUGGGAUAAACUCAAUCAAUUAUUAUUAUUUAAUGACAUUUAUUUUACCAUGUUUGUGAGGAAUUUGUUUUGUUGCCGAGACCAGACUUGAGUCCAGUUAAUAUUAAAGAAAUUGUGCCAAAAAUAAAUGAAUAAAAAAAAUAACAGAAGGACUUGGAAAAACUUUCUUUAAGAAAAUAAACAGCAUCUAAUCUUGCCAUAAUAACUCAAAUGUCAUAGGUGUUUUGCAUUUUGAAAUGAAAUCUGCAAAAUCCA